ACACAACUUCGUCGAACUCUCGCUGUCUAAAGGAAGUAACUCUACUUCAGUUCCUUGUUGCCUGCGCUUGAACGAACACUCUUGGAACAGUUUUGUUCAUUAAUUACAGAUCUUACUUUUACGCGGAAGAAAAUAUAUUCUAUUUUUCUAACGAUCACUUUUUUGUUUAUCCGAGUCAACUUAUUUUAAAAUUUAACAGGUUUAAGAAAUCAUGGAAAUCCCUGAGGAGAUUGCUGAUAGGCUGGAGAAAGAAGUCAAUGCUAAACACUUGCUGAGCGAACUAAAAGGUUUAACUGACAUAGCUCGUGAGAUAGAACGCGAAAUUGAUAGACACGGCAUUAAUUUGGGCAUGAAGGAAAUUAUAAGACACUUUCCUAGAUUUGACAAUUGGGAUUAUUAUUUGGUGAAAGCAUUGAAAUCUAGAGCCAUACAGAAGAAAGCUAUUGCUGAGGAAUUGAGCCAAUGGAUUUGUAGAAAGAAAAAAUUUCACUGUUCGCUCAUUCAUUUUGAAUACUUCUCAUGCCUAGACGAGUUAAAUGAUGCUGAUUUGAAUCCAAACUGGAAGGAUUUGGCUCAUAAAUUGAAGCUCAAAACAGAAGACAUAAACAAAAUAGAAAAGAAUCAGAGGCUGGAAAAGAAUUUUAUGUACUAUGUAAUAGAAAAAUUAGGAGAGAAAAGCCUUGACAACUUGUUGUUAGCAUUGAAAGAGCUCAGACUAACUAGAAUGUGUGAUGAAAUUGAAGAAAGGGUUGAAUUCAGACAACACCCACAACAGAAUCAUCAAGCUCAGCCAUUUGAACCACCAACAGGGACAGCUUAUUCAUAUGAUAGUUAUUUUCAAGAAAACAAACUGAAGGAGGAAGAGAAAAAAGGAGUUAGUAGUAAAUUAAACUCAAGUUUAACUCAUGAUAAACAUCCAAUUGAGUGUACAUCGCUAAAAUCUGAAUCUAGGCCUUUAAAUCCGAUUACAGACCAAGAAAAUAAACUAAAGAAGUUUAAUAAUGCGGAAAAGAAUGAAAAUACCAUUGAAAGUCACUCUAGCCCAGAGGACAAUACUAGUGUGAAAGCAACAGCAAUAUACUCCUGUUCAGGAUAUGAUGAACAACAGAUAGAAUCUGACUCUAUUGACUCUCAGGAUGAAGAGAAUAACCUCAAUAUAGAUGAGAGAAAUUUAGAUGCUUCAGCAGCUGAAGAGAUGCCAGAUGUGGCACCACCCAAUAAUGAUCGUACGAAUGAGAGGAUCAAUUCUGAGAAUGGUGACGUUGCAGAUAUUAAAAUUUGUGUAAUAAUUUUUUUGGGGAUCUGUAUUACUGGAAUGUUCUUAGUACGCAAAUAUUUUAAACAUUAACUUUGAUCCAAGGAAAGCCUAUGGAAACUAAAAGGAUUGUCCCAAGUUACAACAAAGCGUCCACAUAUACAUGCAUGCACACACGUAUAAUAUAUAAGUAUUUACAUAUAAAUCAUAACAAAAUGUGUAUAUAUAUAUAUAUAUAUAUAUAUA